UUGGGCCUCCUCUCUCUAUUUCGCUCUCUCUCGCUCUCUCUCGCUCUCUCUCUCUCUCUCUCUCUCUCUCCCUCUCUCUCCCUCUCCCUCUCUCCCCCUCUCCCCCAGGCUCCAUUUUCUCCGCCGCCGGGGGCCGGGGUCUCCUGUGGGGGUACCCCGGGUCUCCCCCUCCUAGUGCCGGGGUGCACCCCCGGGGGAGGGGAGCCGGGAGGCGGAGAGCCGGGCGGGGUUGGGGCGGAGGGAACAGCGGCCCCCCGCGAGUUUAGGGGGGAAGGGGAAGUCACCCGGCGGGGGGAGGGGCGAGCAGGGAGGGGGCCUCAGGGCCCCCCCCCAAGCUAUGGACGAGCGGCUGCUGGGGCCGCCCCCUCCGGGCGGGGGCCGGGGGGGCCUGGGGUUGGUGGGUGGGGAGCCCGGGGGCCCUGGCGAGCCUCCCGGUGGCGGAGACCCCGGUGGGGGUACUGGGGGGGUCCCGGGAGGCCGAGGGAAGCAAGACAUCGGGGACAUUCUGCAACAGAUAAUGACCAUCACCGACCAGAGCCUGGACGAGGCCCAGGCCAAGAAACACGCCCUAAACUGCCACCGAAUGAAGCCUGCACUCUUUAGUGUCCUGUGUGAGAUCAAGGAGAAAACCGGCCUCAGUAUUCGAAGCUCUCAAGAGGAGGAGCCGGUGGACCCUCAGCUGAUGCGCUUGGACAACAUGCUUCUAGCAGAAGGUGUGGCUGGACCUGAGAAAGGGGGAGGCUCUGCAGCAGCAGCUGCGGCCGCUGCGGCCUCCGGGGGUGGUGUGUCCCCCGACAACUCCAUCGAACACUCAGACUAUCGCAGCAAGCUUGCCCAGAUCCGCCACAUCUAUCACUCAGAGCUGGAGAAGUAUGAGCAGGCAUGCAACGAGUUCACGACCCACGUCAUGAACCUGCUGAGAGAACAGAGCCGCACGCGUCCCGUGGCCCCCAAGGAGAUGGAGCGCAUGGUGAGCAUCAUCCACCGGAAGUUCAGUGCCAUCCAGAUGCAGCUGAAGCAGAGCACUUGUGAGGCAGUCAUGAUCCUGCGCUCUCGUUUCCUGGAUGCCAGACGAAAACGCCGCAACUUCAGCAAACAGGCCACUGAGGUCCUAAAUGAGUAUUUUUACUCCCACCUGAGUAACCCCUAUCCUAGUGAGGAGGCUAAAGAGGAACUGGCCAAGAAAUGUGGGAUCACUGUGUCUCAGGUUUCCAACUGGUUUGGCAACAAACGGAUUCGCUAUAAGAAAAACAUUGGCAAGUUCCAAGAGGAGGCAAAUAUCUAUGCUGUGAAGACGGCAGUGUCAGUCGCCCAGGGGGGCCACAGUCGCACCAGCUCCCCAACACCCCCUUCCUCUGCAGGCUCUGGUGGCUCUUUCAAUCUCUCAGGAUCCGGAGACAUGUUUCUGGGAAUGCCUGGGCUCAAUGGAGAUUCCUACUCUUCAUCCCAGGUGGAAUCACUUCGACACUCAAUGGGGCCAGGGAGCUACGGGGAUAACCUUGGGGGAGGCCAGAUGUAUAGUCCUCGAGAAAUGCGGGCCAACGGCGGUUGGCAAGAGGCUGUGACCCCAUCCUCAGUGACAUCCCCCACAGAGGGACCAGGAAGUGUUCACUCUGACACCUCCAACUGAUCUUGCCCCCUCAGGAUCACAGGCCUGGGGGUCUCCCAUAAUGCAACUCUUGAAGAGGAUGCAGGCAUCUAGAGGACAAACCCCAAACAGAAGCACAAAAAUGAAGGGCAAAUGGGGUCACACCCUCCCCAAUUAGACGCUCAGUGCUGGGGUGCAGACUACAUGGCAGGGAGAGUGGGGUGUCUCCCCCCUUUUUUCCUUUUUCAGUCUUUCCCCUCUUUCCCACUUACACAGAAAACAGAUACCUAUUUCUUAGACUUCUCUCUUUCUGUCUCUUCAUCUUAUACCCACAUACAACUAUUCUGUUUGUCUCUCUGGGUUCCCCCACUUUACCUUCCCCCACCCCACUUAUACGCUCUGGAAUCUGGAGAUGUCAGCCCUGCCCAACCCAGAGAUGCCAAAAAUGAGGACUCCUGGACAGAGGACAUGGGCCACACCCCCCCAUGCAUCCCCACCCCUUGCCCCUCCAGACGGCUUUAUUACCUCAUACGCAGCUCAUCUUAAACCAAUAGAAUCGCUCGGUGGACGAGAGUGUCUGACUCAGAUAUCUACCUCGGAGGGAGUUUCUGCUACUUAAAGAAAUUGUUGACUAAGCUUUGGGGUUGAUUUUUUUUUUUUUUCUUUGAAAGAAAAGAAACCCUGGGACCUGUCUAUAUUUUUUUGAUUGUUUUUGUUGGUGGUGGUUCUUAAUUUCUAACUUAGUUUGGGGAAAUAGGUAUUUUGGGUUUUUUUUUUUUUAAAUGAACAUACUGAUUUCUU